CGCUGCUUCCUCUCAGUCGGUCAAUGGCCAAAACGUCUCAUUACCUCCGCCCGCUGGACAUAUGACAAAUUACACGUUUAAAAAAAGAUUGCCUUAUAGAUAGUGUGUCCACUAAUGGUAACAGAAUUUCGUUGAUAUAUUUUAUGUGGAUUAUUUAUAUUUCUUAUUUUGGGGCCUAUUUUUUUUUUAAAGUUUGUUGUCUCUUCUAUGAUUUUUUGUAUCCCUGCUUUUAAUAAGUAAUAUCACGUUCCCUUCUAUUAGGGCUGCAGCUAACAAUUAGUUGUUUUGUUCAUUAAAUUGUGGAUAAAUGUCGAUCGUGUUUCCUAAUAUCCAAGAUUAUGUUUUCUUUUGUCCUCACCCCAAAUAUAUUUAGUUUACGGUCAAAGAGGAACACAUAAACCAAAAAUAUCUUCACAUUUAAGAUAAAAUCAUAGAAUUUGGGAAUUUUGAAUUUUUUUCCCUCGUAAAAACUACUUGAACCUAUUAAUCGAUAAUCAAAAAUGUGUAUGAAAUUUAAGUUCAUAUAAAAAUUAACAGAAAUUCCAUGUGGGUGCAUUCAUGCAGGUCCGAGAAGCUGAAGAUAUACGAACGUGAGGAUCACCUCAACAUGAAGGGUGUUUCCUUCAAAAUAAAAGUAGUAUUAUUCUCUUUAUACCAUUAUACAAAUGAAAGUGCCUUUGGUAAAGUUAGUGCUUGUUUGCUACAAAAUUAUAUUUUAGAUUUAAUUAUAACCAUCCAUCUCAAAAAAAAUAGAUAACCAAUAUUUAACAGGUCUUGUCUUCUUAUACAAAAAAAAAAAAGCCACAUUCGACAAGGAGGCUUUUAUUUGUGAAUUCCUGGCCCGUAUUGACGUGAUGCCGCUGGUUAACUUGACACUGGUGGACCAACCCUCGCUGAGGGGUAGAUUAUCAUCAGCACGACCACCGAGCAGCACCGGAUCUCUGUCCCAUGAAGCCUCACGAUGCAUGGGGGCAAGAGAGGACUGGUGGCUCCGCAAAACACUUUCCUGGAGAAUAUCGUCCGGCGCUCCAGCGAAACCAGCUUCCUGCUGGGAAAUGCACAGAUCUUGGAGUGGCCGGUCGUGUACAGCAACGAUGGAUUCUGCAAGCUGUCUGGUUACCACAGAGCUGAGGUCAUGCACCGGAGCAGCACGUGCAAUUUCAUGUACGGUGACCUGACUGAUAAGAUGACUAUAGACAAAAUCAGACACAACUUUGACAACUACGAGUCCAAUUUCCAUGAGGUGCUGCUCUACACAAAGAGUAGAACACCGAUAUGGCUUUACAUGCAGGUGGCACCAAUCAGGAAUGAGAAGGACAAGGUGGUGCUUUUUCUCUGCACCUUCAGAGACAUUACUCUUUUCAAACAGCCGAUUGAAGAUGAAUCAACAAGAGCAGGAUGGACAAAGUUUGCCAGACUGACACGGGCACUGACCAACAACCGCAACCUGGUGCCGCAGAUAUCGCCACCACUGAGCCAGACUGAGGUCAGCCACAAGCCCUCCAGACUGGCGGAGGCUCUCCAGCUGGGAUCAGACAUUCUCCCUCAGUACAAACAGGAGGCCCCCAAGACGCCGCCACACAUCAUUCUCCAUUACUGCACCUUCAAGACCACCUGGGACUGGGUGAUCCUCAUCCUCACCUUCUACACCGCCAUCAUGGUGCCCUAUAACGUCUCGUUCAAGACCAAGCAAAACAAUCUGGCUUGGCUGGUGCUGGACAGCGUCGUAGACGUCAUCUUCCUGAUUGACAUCGUGCUGAACUUCCACACCACCUUCGUGGGUCCCGCUGGAGAGGUCAUCUCAGACGCGAAGCUGAUACGGAUGAAUUACCUGAAGACGUGGUUCGUCAUCGAUCUGCUGUCCUGUCUGCCGUACGACAUCAUCAAUGCCUUUGAACAUGUAGAUGAGGACGUCAUUUCAUCUGCAUCUCCGGCCACUCAUCUUCGCGAGUCUUCAAAUUUCCACAGAAAUACCACACGGAUAGAGGAUUCUGUACUCCCAGGCCUCAGCAGCCUCUUCAGCUCCCUGAAGGUGAUUCGUCUGCUCCGUCUGGGCCGAGUGGCCCGGAAGUUGGACCACUACCUGGAGUACGGAGCGGCCGUCCUUGUUCUGCUGGUCUGCGUGUUCGGCCUGGUGGCCCACUGGCUGGCCUGCAUCUGGUACAGCAUCGGUGACCACGAGGUCAUCGAUGAGACCACCAACUCCAUUAAGACGGACAGCUGGCUCUACCAGCUGGCCUUGAGCAUCGGAACUCCUUACCGUUACAACAUCAGCGGCACAGGCCAGUGGGAGGGAGGGCCCAACAAGGACACGCUGUACAUUUCCUCUCUGUACUUCACCAUGACGAGUCUCACCACCAUCGGAUUCGGGAACAUCGCUCCCACCACAGAUGGCGAGAAGAUUUUCUCCGUGGCUAUGAUGAUGGUGGGCUCGCUGCUGUACGCGACCAUCUUUGGAAACGUCACCACCAUCUUCCAGCAGAUGUACACCAACACAAACCGCUACCAUGAGAUGCUCAACAACGUGCGCGACUUCCUCAAACUGUACCAGGUUCCCAAAGGUCUGAGUGAGAGAGUCAUGGACUUCAUCGUCUCCACCUGGGCCAUGUCCAAGGGCAUUGACACAGAUAGGGUUCUCUCAAUUUGCCCCAAAGACAUGCGGGCGGACAUCUGCGUCCACCUGAACCGACAGGUGUUCAACGACCACCCGGCGUUCCGUCUUGCCAGUGACGGCUGCCUGCGCUCCCUCGCCGUGGAGUUCCAGACCACGCACUGUGCACCUGGAGACCUCAUCUUCCACAUCGGCGAGAGCGUCGACACCCUGUGCUUCGUUGUCUCGGGUUCACUCGAAGUUAUCCAGGAUGAGGAGGUCAUCGCAAUACUAGGUAAAGGUGACGUGUUCGGAGACGCGUUCUGGAAGGACACCACGGCGGCCCGUGCUUGUGCAAACGUUCGUGCCCUGACUUACUGCGACCUGCACGUCAUCAGGAGAGACGCUCUGAUGAGGGUGCUCGAGUUUUACACAGCCUUUUCCAACUCAUUCUCCCGCAACCUCAUACUCACCUGCAAUCUACGAAAACGGAUAAUCUUCAGGAAGAUUGCUGAUGUGAAGAGGGAGCAGGAGCGUCAGAGGAGCGAGGUGACCCUCUCCAUCCCUGAAGACCACCCAGUCCGAAAGCUAUUCCAGAGGUUCAGGCAGCAGAGGGACGUUCCAACACAGGGCGAGUCUCCUCACGUGUACCUUGAUCAUAACUGUGUGCAGGUGGAGCUGCAGCGCCACCACCACUCCGACUCAAACUCUUACACACAGUGUCAGACUGUUUCCUCUCAGCAUCAGGAGUACAGCUCCGCUGUGCAGAGUAAUACGCCCUGCACAGGAGGAGGGAGUGCAGGCAGUGGAUGUAGCAUCGCUGCACCCCCACAAGCUUUUGUCCACACUGAGAAGUCAGAACAAAGCUGCAUAAAAGAUGCAGAGGAGUCUAUGCCAAGGCCUUGUGCAGUAAACAAAGUAAGUCCUGUGGUUAACAGCCCUGCACGGGGCAGUGGUGCAGGUGGGGAGGUAGGUGGCGUUAACAGCGGGAGAGGUGCGAGAUGCUGGGCGAAGUUUAGAAACGCAACUUCUGCCGCACCAGCACCUCCUGUUGCUGUCGGGCAUGAAAAGCAGACAGAGAAACCAAAGGAGUGGCAGAAAGGUUCUCAGCCCUCGGAGCAGCUACCACCUGCCAACAACUCAGAGGAAGGUGGAGAGACGGGGAGCACAGAAGGGGGCAACAGUGCAGGGGAAGCGGGUGAAGAAACAAGCGCCUUGCACAAAACGGACUCCUGUGACAGUGGGAUCACAAAGAGUGAUCUGCGUAUUGACCGAGCAGGAGACUCGAGGAACUCCUUUGAGCGAAGCCCCAUGGAAAGGAGCCCGAUGGAGAGAAGUCUAUUCGAGCACAGUCUCGGUGCUGACAGCGAGGUCUCCCUAAAGCACUCGCUUGUACAGCCAUCGUCUGAGCAGACGCUGCUGCAGGCGACGCUGUAUGAGGCCAAGCAGGAGCUGAAAGGAGACAUUAAGAUUCUGAGCGGCCGGCUGUCGGUCCUCGAGUCCCAGGUGAGCGAGGUCCUCAGGCUGCUGUCGAUAAAAAGGAGACUCUCGCUGCCUCCGAUUUCGUCUCCGAGGGCAAGAGUCAAAGCUCAAGACUCAGUCGCUGUCUCCCGGCCUGUCCAGCCGAAAACAGAUGACGGGCCUUUUUGAUUUCACUGAUUAAAAACCCACAAACUGGAUCUCUAUGUGAUGCAUGUUCUGCUGGACUCUGGCCUGCCAAAGAAAUUUCUUGCAUUAAACAUUUGACUGCAUGCAGAAAUCCCUUUCUUGUUAGCAUAGCACUUCAAAAAAUACCCAGGGAUUUUUAUAACUCUUUGACUUAUGAGGUACUUAUGGUGAAACCACUUAUGGUCGUGUGUAUGCAACGUUUCAGAAGGAACAGGAACUAUUUAAAAAAAACAAAAAAACACUUGUACUGUGAUAACUUGGAAAUUAGUAAAUUUCCAUCACAACAUAGAGCUAUGUAUCACAUGUAUGAUACUCUGAUGAAGCCUGAUAGGGCAGUCAAUGAAAAAAAAAAUGGAGUAGCUGAGGUUAAAGCACAUUUUAAAUAUACUUUAUUUUGAGCUUUUUUGUUUUGUUUUUUUCAUGAGUUUCCUCAAUUUACUUGUAUUAUUCUGGACAGACUAGAGGUAAAGACCAGCGGUGACUAUCUUUCUAUGAAUCAGUUGUCAGGUAAUUAAAUAUGUGCCUUACAAUACAAAGCCUCAUUGAGUGUUGAUGUGAUGAGACAAACGGAAUAUGAAACGACAAAAGCAGAGGAUAGUGAAAAUACUUUUUCUACUAGGCAUUCCUUUUAAUGAACACUUUACAUUAUGUUUAAUUGCCAUGCAUGUUGAAAAGGAGUGCAUUAAUAACAGUUUAGUCAUUUAAAGGUUUCCAUUUGUUAAUUCUCAUCAUUCAUUUCAUUUUUUUUGGUAAAACAUUUAUUUUCCUUAAAAAAAGAUAUGAACAUUUCAGCAGAUAAUGCAGCAAACUUACUUUCUAUUCCUCCAAAUGUAAUUUUGCCUCCUGCUCAGGUAUGUUUGUUCUCAUGUUGAGUUGAGUUGGAUGUUUUAUUUCAGUAUUAGUAAUUUUACAUUUGUCUGUUUGUAAGAUGGGAAAAAAUGUGUCACUAUAACACACUAUGCAAAUCUAAAUUAAUUGGGCCUCGUUUGGUGAUUUAAAAAAAAGGCCAUCAUUUAUUUUGUUUGGAUGAAAAUAUUAUAAGAAAAAUGUGAAGUUUUAGUUUAUGAUGUUUUCAAUUUUUCUGUGUGGCUGCAAACCAACAACUGUAAGGAGGUAAGCAUGUGACUGAUAGCUGAUGGAAUAUAUUUAUUUGACCUUAGAUACAUAAAUGACCACGCAUGCAUCCAGGGAACCUGUCUACAUUGACAUGAAUAAUGAAACUGAUGCCUGAUCACAAUCUGUUGUUUGGUCUCCUCUGUUCUGCAUCACAA